AUGAACCCGGCAGCAGGUCUUCUCUGUUUGUUGGUGUGCCUCACCGCAGUGACUUGUGACCGGGUCUACGUCCACCCUUUCAAUUUGUUUUCUUUCAACAAGAGUACCUGUGAGGAACUAGAAAGCCUGGUCCAGGAGGGAAAGAAAACUUUUGUCCCCAUCUCCAUCAAGUCCCAAACCACACCUGCCUACGAAGACCACCUGAAUGACGAGGAUAAGCUGGAAGCCCCGAGCCUGAGCGGCUCGGGGAGGCAGAAACUGAGUUACAUGAAGGACCUUGUGGAUACCCUGGCUGCACGGUUUUACAGCGUGCUGCGGAAAGCACAGCGGGGCCAAAACGUGCUCCUGUCCCCAACCAGUCUUUACAGCUCCUUGGUGUCUUUCUACCUGGGCGCCUCAAACCAGACGGCAGCUGAUUUGCAAGUUUUGCUGGGAUUUGUUCCCCCCUCCGGGGACCCUGAAUGCACCUCCAGGGUGGACGGACACAAAGUCCUUUCCAGCCUGAGGACGAUUGAAAGCCUUGUCAAGAGCAGGGACAAGGAGCUGCUCUUUUCCAAGACGCUCUGCCUGUUCUCUGCCCCCGGCGUACCUCUGUCCCAACUGUUCGUGCAGGACUUGCUCCCCUCCGCCGAUGCUCUCUACGCCCGAGCUGUUGACUUUACAAACCCAAGCGAGGCAGCAAAGCAAAUAAACGCCUUCGUGGAGGCCAAAAGCGAGGGGCGAAGCAAGUGCUUACUGACAGACAUCGACCCAUCCGCCAACCUGCUGUUUGUGGUGGACGUCCGCUUGGCAGUGAACAUUAAGCAAGCCUCACGGCUCAAAGAGCCUCAGGAGUUCUGGGUGGAUUCAAACACGAAGGUCUUGGUCCCUAUGUUGUCAGUCCCAGGGACGUUCAAGUACAAAACUGAUGCCAGCGGGACUUUUUCUGUGGUGGAAGUCCCCAUCAGCAAGACCGCGCUGCUGGUGCUGCUGCAGCCCGUCAAUAGCAGCGACCUGGAGCACGUGGAGUCGGAGCUGCUGUCGCAGUCGUCAGCCUGGCUUCAGCAGCUGUCCCCAAGAGAAAUUAAAUUAACACUGCCUGAGUUAACAAUAGAAGGCAGCUCUGAUCUACAGGAGCUUCUUGCAGCUAUAGAACUGCCUGCACUGCUGGGAAAGGGGGCAGAUCUCAGUAAAAUAAGUGAUGCCAAUCUAACAGUUGGAAAGGUAAUAAAUAAAGCCUUUUUCAAACUGACCGGUGAUGGAACAGAUCAGCCAGAAGACCCUGCAGCACAGAAGGAAGAUGCAGUGUUCCUGGAUGUAACACUGAACAAGCCAUUCCUUUUAGCUGUUUUUGAAGAGAAGUCAAGGGCCAUGCUUCUCCUUGGCAGAGUAACAAACCCUCUAUCUGGGGUUUAAAUGCAAGCACAGGGGAUGGGGAGGGAGGGGAAUGAUGCACAUUUCCCAUCACCUUUUUCUUAUUCAUCAGCUAUUUUUAUGAUCUUGAGUGCUCUACUCAGCUUUGAGACAAAGC